GAGGAGGCAGCGCGGCGAGCCGCUGAAGAGGCGGCCCGGAAGGCCGCAGAGGCAGAAGAAGCCACAAGAAGAGCAGAGGAGGAGUUCAGCAAAUUUAUGGCUGCCAAGCGUGCCGAGGAGGAGGCUGCAAGGAAAGCCGCAGCUGAGGAGGCCGCAAGAGCUGCUGAAGAGGCAGCCAGGAAAGCAGCUGAGGACCAGGCAGCGAGAAAAGCUGCCGAAGAGGCUGCGAGGAAGGAGGAAGAGGAAGCUGCAAAAAAGGCAGCUGAGGAGGAGGCUGCUAGAAGGGCCGCUGAAGCGGCUCGGAAGGCAGCCGAAGAGGAAGCAGCCAGGAAACCGGGCUAG